CUCACCACCACCAUUCUCCUCUCCAUGUUUAUCUCCCUCUCCUCCGCCCAGUCCCACCUCUGCCGCACCUCUUGCGGCGUCAUCCCCAUCCGCUACCCCUUCGGCAUCGACGACGGCUGCGGCAGCCCCUACUACCGCAGCAUGCUCCUCUGCACCAACUCCUCCCGCCUCAUCCUCCGCACCCCUUCCGGCAACUACCCGGUCGCCGCCGUCGACUACGCCGAUCCCCACCUCCUCGUCACCGACCCCUCCAUGUGGAGCUGCCCUUCCGACGACGACAACAACAACUUCUACUACGACGACGACGAUGAGCGCGUCGCUUUCCGCCGCCCGGUCACUCCCUUCAGCCUCGACACCAGCACUCGCUUCUCUCUCUCCCCCAAGAACGACUACCUCUUCUUCAACUGCAGCGAGGACUCGGUCAUCAUCCAGCCGAAGCCGAGCUUCUGCGAGCGGUUCCCCGACCGCUGCGACUCGGCCUGCGACAGCGCCGGGUAUCUGUGUCGCAACUUGCCGGUGUGUCCGAAUGCUCUGGUCGAGACGAGGACCAGCUGCUGCUCUUACUAUCCCAAGGCUUCAGAGUCGUUGAGGCUGAUGCUGAGGCAUUGUGCUUCUUAUACUAGCGUGUACUGGUGGACGGUGGGAGCGAGCUUUCCGCCGUAUGAUCAGGUGCCGGAGUAUGGGAUCCGGGUGGAUUUCGAGAUCCCGGUCACCACUUGGUGUCUCCAGUGCCGGGAGAGAGCGAGGGGUGGGGGAACGUGUGGGUUCGACACGGAGUCGCGGAGCUUUCUUUGUCUCUGUGAUGAAGGGAAUGUUACUACUUAUUGUUCCGGUUAG